UUAGUUUCAGUUUGAACGUCGAACGCCGAGAACGUCGAGGUACCGCUCUUGCUGUCGGUUUGCUGAACGAAUCGGACUGAAGCCAUUGAAACGCGUGUGAACAGAGGAAUAACGAAAUAUUUAUAACCUGAGCAUUACAUUAGUAGAAAAAAGUGAGAAAACCGACCAAAAGGCAAUGUGAGAGUAAAAAUUAAGGCUAGAGAGGAAAUCGCUGUCUUGAUUAAAGUAAAAUUGACAUAAUUACUACUUUUGAGAAAAUGAGAAGGAAAAUAAAAUAUAAAUAGAGAAAAUGUUUGUUCUUAGCUAAAAAGAUGAAUAACGAAUAAUGUCUAUGGCUUACAAAACUGCAGAAGUACAAUGAAGUGUGGACUCAAAUGAAUGAACAUCAAUAUUGAAUAGAUAAAAAAAAAAUAAAUAAAAAUAAAUAAGAUAAAUUCAAGAUUUACAGCUGAAACUUUGAAUGUGCUAAAUUCAGAAGAAGUUCACAGCGUCAAAAAUAAGCUCUUAAAAACAUCCGACCAGUUGACGAAAAUGGUGGAAAAACGUUCAAGAAAAGGUUUUCCAAAGAUGGUGCGAGUGUUAUUGAGUGCUUCCAUAUCCUCAUGGCUAGCGCUCUGGAUAUGUUUUGGCCUAGUUGGACGCUCCAGUGCCCAAGUUGAUACCACCAUCAGCAGACAAGAAAGUCUUUCAGUUGAGUUGCCAUGUCCCGUUAAUGUAGAUAAGUGCGGAAAACUCCAUUCAUUAAAUUGGUUCAAAGGCGAUGAUCGCAUUGCAGCAAUGCUCCUUGGAGAAAGUAAUGUGACCAGUGUUGAUAAAGAAUUUGACAAAAGGGUGACUGUUAAGCAAAACCCAUACAGUCUAGUUAUAAGAGACUUAAAAAUAGCUGAUGAAGAUAUUUAUCUAUGUGAUACUACAUUUUUUAUACCGGAAGAAACGUGUGAUAACUUCAAUGGAUAUCGAAUCGCAUUGAGAGUAUUAGUGCCACCCACCGAGGUUGUAAUUCUGGAUGCAAAAGGCGAUCGAAUCGAGAACGGCAGCUCUGUUGGGCCCAUGCAGGAACGUCAGUCCCUUAAAGCUACAUGUACUGUAAAGAACACACGCCCUCAACCAGAAGUCGGCUGGUUUCGUGGGACCAAGCGACUAACAACUUAUUCCCCCUCUCAUGACUUACACAAUGGGCUUUAUACCACUACACUCGAGUUGGACUGGCCGUUGACCCGCGAAGAUCUUGCUCAGGACAUUGAGUGUCGCGUCAAAUCUGCUGCCAUACCAAAUACAACUGUAACAAAAUUUAGGGUGGACUUGCAAGUUCGUCCAACAAGUAUCGAUAUAAAUGGCGUAAAACACCAUACAGUGCAAGGCAGCAAAGUGGUUUUAACAUGUGAUAUUCACGGCGCACGACCAGCUGUUAACCUUACGUGGUAUAAUUCAACUACCGUGAUCAAUCCCAGUGAAAAUGACUUGACUGAAAUUCGGAUUAAAUCGUUUGAAAAGAAUGAUGGUACUUAUCAUACUCAAUCAGAGCUCAUUUUUAAUGCCUCUCGCUUUGAAAAUGAUCGCGCCUUUCGAUGUGAAGCUGAAAAUGUUGUCUUGCAAAUCAAUCGAGAAAAACCGAUUUCAUCAGCACUUACACUGGAAGUUUUGUAUCCCCCCGUUGUCAAAGUCAGUCCAUCUGAUAUAAUUACCAAAACAGGUGAAGUAGUUCUUCUUAAUUGUGAAUAUGUUGCGAAUCCUGCAUCUCUAACCAAAGUUGAAUGGUACCGCAAUGAUGAUCUAGUAAAUGUAAAUGACACGAGUCAUUAUAACGGCGGUAAUUCUGAAAAUGUGGCUCUCGUUAUUAAAUCAACAGAAAGAGAUGACAUCGGAAAUUAUUCUUGUCAAUUGUCAAAUACUAUCGGAAAAGGAAUUUCUGAUCAAAAAAUUAAUCUUGACGUGCACUACGUCCCAAGCGUCGAGAUUCUAAUGAUACCAGAGGGACCCGUAAAGGAAAGUGAUGAAUCAAAUGUCACCCUUUUUUGCAAUGUAUUAGAUGCUAAUCCCCUAGCUCUUACCAAAGUAAGGUGGUACGCCAACUCUACGCUCCUUAAAGAGCUGCCAGACUGUGAAGAAACCAGAGAAGAUUUAUGCCACAUAGAUCCAAGCAAACUUUUGCUGGAGAGUAUUGGGCGUGGCUUCUUCUACAAUUAUUCCUGUGAGGGAUUCAAUUCUGCUGGCUGGGGUCCGCGCAGUGAGGAUAAGGAACUUAUGGUACAUUACGAACCAGGACCUUCAACACUUACUCAUUUUCCGUUGGUCGCAGUGAAAAAAAAGAGCGUGACUUUCUCGUGCUCAGUUGAUGAUCCUGGAUAUCCAGACACAAAUAGAUAUCGUUGGCUGCGUGGCGGUCGGGGUCCUCUGCAAGACAUAGUGACGAAGGACUGGACAGUGGAGCCGGUUGGUCUAGACAGUCGGACGAAUUAUUCUUGUUACGCAUACAAUGAAGGCGGCAAAGGAGUUAUGGCUACAGUAAACUUGGAAGUGCACGCACCUCCAUUUUUCAUUAAAAACUUGCCGCCUUACACGGGAGUAUUGCACUCAUCGCCCAAUGCAACUUUGACAUGUCGAAUUGAGUGCGUUCCGCGCUGUGAGAUAUCAUGGCAGAAGGACGGUGAGCCAAUAGAAAAAAACGAUACUCGUUAUUUUGUUAAGGAAAAAUACAUGGAGGCAUCCCCCGCCACAGGUGAUUUUGAAAGCAUGCUGUCAGUUUUGCACUUUAAUAUGCCAAGUUGGCCGUUAGGCAAAUUCGAUAUCGAGGCUGAUAAUGCGAACUAUACAUGCGUAUCAACAGGCAAUUCAGUUGGCACAAGCAUCAGAAGUCGCACCUAUUUUGGCAUUGAAUACGCUCCUGACAACGUUACGGUUUCGGAGAACAUUGUGUAUGUCCAAGAAGAUACUAUACCAGGACGUGUGAUAUGUAAAGCCCGAGCUAAUCCUGAACCUUCUUAUAAGUGGCUGUUUAAAAAUGAAACAAUAGCUAAUGGAAAUGCAUUAAUUAUUAAUAAGUCAAUGAAAAGAACUAAUAAUGGCACCUAUACCUGUCUUAGCUAUAACAAGCAUGGCAACAGUAUAGCUAAAACCGUAAUCGAAGUGCAAUUUAAACCGCGUUGCGAAAUCGAGAGGCGAGAAAUUGAUGAUCAGGACACGCUUAUUUGCACUGCUUAUGGAAAUCCUGUAGAGAGUGAUUUCUCUUGGACAAUAAAAGCAGACAAUGAAACGGUUGAAGAUUUGGGAAGCGGUGACAAAAAAUCAUUUUCUGAAAAAAGUUUUUACGUAUUGCAAGCGGAUUAUGCAAUUUCCAGAACAUAUAGAUGUGUGGCGAAUAAUACAAUUGGUCCUGGAACAUUUUGUGAAAUUGAAGUAGCUGCUGCUUCAUCGCUUUUAAUAUGGUGGCAAGAGCAACUGGCAUGGUGGCAGCUAUGGGAAAAGAAUACACUUAUCAUACUAGUGGCCGCUAUCUUGGGGUUAUUGCUAACCGUCAUUAUUAUAUGCUGCAUAAUUAUAUGCAUUUGUCGUCGUCGUCGUCGCCAGGAUAAAUAUCUUACGGAAGUUUUCACAAGUUCUAAAAGUGUAUUAUCUGAUCAGGAAGAAAAGACACGAACGGGUGGGAGCCUUCGAAAACAUGGUAAAUAUGGAGAGUUUUCAGCAAACCCGUCAUCCGCGCCGUUCAACGCAAGUCCGCCGAAAUCGCCACCGCGCUGGCCAAUUCGUCCUGGAGUGAUGCUCCACGUAAACAGCAAUACAAAAGAAAAUCUGGCUGUGAAUCGAAUGACGUUAAACACGAAUCAAUCUAGUAGUGGUGGCCCCAUAAGCCAGCUGUCCGCACAAUUGAGUGCUGUUUUAAGAGAAAGCCACGCCAAAUCUGAUAGUACGAUCCUCACCGAUGAGUCUGUCGGUUUUGAGCAAAACGCAGCCUUACAGCUGUCUACACUUGAAGCCCCUCAAGUGAAUAUUGCAAAAGAGAAGGAGUCUGACACAGAAUCAGCUCCAUUGGAUGCCUUGCCUGUCACAACAUCGUCUUCUGGCCGAAACAAAUUGGAUCGUAUUUUAUCACUGCUUUUAAAAAAGUCUUCGGAUGAUUGCACUCGGGAUAGUCAGCGGAGCAAUGUUGGUUUAUUACAGACGUUUUGGCGUGGGCUGGCUUCUAAUGAAAGCACCCCGCAGUUCGGAACUCAGCAUCGUCUUAAAGGAAUUCGAUGCAGCGGAAGCGUAACCUACAAAAAGGCCAAAGAGCCGAUUCAUGGAACGACAAACCCAACAAUUGGAGAAUCUUCUUUAUCCAAUGAACCCAGUAUUAGUAAAUCACAUUCUCCUUUGACACUUAAAGUGCGCUUAUUAAACAAGGAUGCAGCUGAAAAAGUUACAAAAAAAACACAUUUUUCCAAGAAGGUAGAAGACUUUACGUGUAAUGUCGCCUCAUGCAGCACGAGAUUAAGCCCUUUGCGACAUUGUCACAAUCGGUGCAAUACGGAUCCAACAUAUCAAAAAGGGAAUAGGCAAAAUGCAGUCAACUGGAGCUGUUCCCCCGAUUCAACGUUGCCCCAAUCCAAUAAACUUAAACAUGUUGAAAUACACGAUAAGUCGUCUUCACUGGGGGAACCAUUGACGGAACCUGGCGAGUAUGAGAAUCUUCCAUUUCAUGGUCUGCAAACGGCACCUAAUAAGUGUUCUACUACCCAUACAAAUUUUAAAAACAAUGCAAAUACGGAACAUGGAACUCAGUAUAUCAAGGGACCCAAUGGGAACAUAAAUCAGGAAUCGAUCUACCAUCAUCAAGAUCGUCAGACUUCCCAACAUCCAAAUCUAUACCAGGAACAAAAAAUUUACCGCACAUUAUCAAACGAUCAACAUAAUAAAUGCGUAACUGAAUUAGAUUCCAAUCGACAAGUUCAGCAUAACUUAAGCAAUUGCUUCCCUAAAAGUUACGUUGAGAAUUACCAUCAAUAUCAGCCCCAGCUGAUGCUGUUUCCAGCAGCAAAGGAUCAGAAGAUAAGCAUAAGUUCCUUGUCCAACGUUCAGACAAACAAUGCCCCAGAUCAGGAUUAUCUCCCCAGUUACACCGGAACAAACCGACCACUACCUAUUGACACUAACCCCUUUCUGGCUGCUACCAACUUUAAGAAAUACGAUAAAAUGGGAGAGGACCUGUCCGCAAGCGUGCCGCGUGAAAAACAAGGAAGAAACGCACAGGAGUUGGAGAAAAAGUUUUAUUCGCUAAAGUUCCCAUACGGACACAAACCUAAAAAUCAGUCAUAUAAUAAAAACUCAUCAUCAGAUUCCAUGACAUCACCUAUACACUCCGCUAUUGACGUUCGCCUUUCAUCAACAUGCAAGAGGCAUAAUUCCUUAGCUUGCAAAAGUAAAAGCCAUAUUGAACCGAGUACGCAGCCCACGCACUUCUCUGAUCUGCCGGCUAACGAGAAUAGGGUCGUUGACGACAAAGGCGAUCAAAGUACAGAAUCAGUAAAAGUAGAUAGCAACGACAUUCUCCGUUCUCAUCAAACCUUGGCGUCUGUUCAGCUGCACCCUCACAUAGGCAAUGAUAUAAUAAAGAAGCGUCACCACCGCCAUCACCACAGCCAGGAAAAAAAGAACGACGAGAUUGCUGCUGAUCUAGAGCUUAUGGAGGCUGAGCGCAACAGCAUUUAUCGCAGUGACUCCGGUAUAUCCAAUAGCUCUUACGAGUCCCAAUUCCCCAUAGCCUUAUCACAAAUGAGACCAUCAAAACCCAAAAAAGGAUCUGGGAACCCUUUAAUACAAAAUCAUGUUCAUAAAAAGGUGGAAGCUCCAAAAAGUGUAUUGACACACAUUGAUUCGUCUAACGUAUUGUCCUCUGAAAAUAAAAUUUCUGAAGGCGGGGUACUGUUAGUUAAUAAUUUAACAUCGCUUUCGCACUGUAAAAAGCCUGCUGCCUCAUCGCAAUGCAACCGUCAUCAGCCACCAUCAACUCAGUACAAGGACUGGACUACUACUGCUCCCCUUGUGCAGCACUCACAUUUUGAUUAUUUGAAUUCGGUAUCCUCCAGCGUUCAAACACCAAACAAGAAAAAACAAUUGUUGGCUAUUAAUCCAUUUCUAGUCAAAUAUGGAAACAAUACCGCUGUCAGCGGUAAAAACCACAACAGGAAGCUGCGACGGAAAACCAUCAGUAACCCGUAUGAACAUAUCCAAAAGCAUCAAUAUGCAGGCCCCAGCAACAAUUGUGAUCGCUCCAGAGAAAAGCAAGGCUUCCGUUCAGAUGCCCAUAAAAUUCACAGUGCUGGCCCCAAAUUUGAAUCAGGUGAUUCAGAAACAGCUUCAGCAGAGCAAAUGGAAAUUAUCAGCCAUGCAAGUAAAACUCCCAGCAGAAAGAUCGGAAGUCAUGCCGAUCAACAAGUGUUAACUGUGCCCGGGAUUUCUUCAAACGUCGUAAAAGGUUCUCCGGAUUGUGGGAAAUAUGAUUGCGUAAUGGCUCGACGUCCUAUACGACUACCAUUGCGUAAACAUCACACCUUUCAUUUCCAAAGCACACAGACAGCCAAUGGCAAGCUAGAGGAGCUGCGGGAGCUACUGCAACUCCAGCUGAGAGAAAGAGCUAAGCUCAAGCAAGAAGAGGUACCUUUUGCAAUUGGUCCGCUGGAGUUAAGUGAACAACACGCCUUUAAGCCUAUUUCACCAAUAUCUACAUUGACAGCUUCGACAGAGCAGCAUACCACGUUUCACAAUCAAAAUGACUUUCUUGUUUCGAAAAAUGAAUGCGGACAUAUGAAAGCCGCAGAAGAUGAUGAAGAUCUUGGAUACAGUUUCUGUGAAGAAGAAUGUAUGGAAUGAAUACAAUCCCACCUCGGACAAUUGUAGAAGUGUCCCUCCUUCAAGCUACAUUACAUCGAAAGCUAUUUAAAACGAUGCAGGUGCUCUGGCAUACUUUAUAUCAAAACAGUUGUGAAGUUCAUAUUUAGAUAUAAAAUUAAAUCCAGUAAAACAAGCCUAAGUGACGCAGACA